CAUAGAUGGCUAAAGAAAAUCAACAAAUGGCUUGAAUUGGAUGGCUUGAUGACCUAUAAGAGAUUUGGAAGGAAAGCUCUCCCAAAAGAGAUCAUUCUGAAAACAUGGAAGGGCUCCAUCAACAAUGAAAAGAAUCUUCCACCAGAUUGGAUAGAAGUAUGCAGGGUUUUAGUGGGUAUGGAAUCAUGA